AUGGCCCCCUCAGCUACCACUAGCAACCAAGUCCGUAUAGGCCCAAACCCCAACCCGGACUGGAAAUUCGGCCAGGGCAGCAACCACCUCAACGCAGCUUCGCCCUCAUCCUCCAACCCGGACGAAAAAGCCCAGAGCCACACACUCAUCGACCCUCAGGCAGAGGAUCGAGCCUCAGGGCUCAACUACAAGCUCCUCAUCUCCGCCGUCGCCCCGCGCCCCAUCGCCUUCAUCAGCACCCUCUCCGCCGACGGCACCAAGGCCAAUCUCGCACCCUUCAGCUACUUCAAUGUCUUCACUCAUGAUCCGCCCACCUUCGCUGUCGGCUUUGCGCAUCCCCCGAGUGGACCUAGGGAUUCCUUUGUCAAUGUGCGUGACUCUGGGGAGUGUGUCAUCAACAUCAUCUCGGAGCACUACAUCGAGGCCGCCAACUCGACCAGCAUAGACGCUCCUUACGGGACGUCUGAAUGGGGCGUUUCCGGCCUGACAGCAGACUAUUCAUGUGAGACUGUCAAGGCGCCAAGAGUCAAGGAGGCGAUAUUCAGCAUCGAAGCCAAGGUGGAAUCUAUCAAGGAGAUUGAAAGUAGAGCAAAUCCUGGGAGAGUGUCCACAUGGCUGGUCAUUUUUGAAGGAACUCGGUUCUGGGCAAGGAAUGACGCACUGAGCGAAAAGAAGGAUGAGCUCUAUCCCGAGAUCUUGAGGCCCAUGGGUCGCAUGGGAGGCGUCAUCUACUCCAAGACGACUGAUCUUCUGCAGAUACCAAGGCCACAGUUUGAGGCUGAUCUUGGCGGUGCUGAAGGCUAUGAGAGGCUCUUGAAUGGGAGCAAAUAA